GUGCUAUAAAAAAGAGAGUCGAGCCACUGAACCCGCACACAAAGAAAGGCAGAGUUAUUCAUUGGAAGCCCUAAACGCUACCUCCUAAAAGAAAAAUGAGGGAAAUUGUACAUCUUCAAGCCGGCCAGUGCGGAAACCAGAUCGGUGCAAAGUUCUGGGAGGUGAUCAGUGAUGAGCACGGCAUUGACCCAACUGGCACAUAUCAUGGAGACAGUGACCUGCAGCUGGACAGGAUCAAUGUCUACUACAAUGAAGCAUCGGGUGGUAAAUAUGUACCCCGAGCUGUGCUUGUUGAUCUUGAGCCUGGAACCAUGGACUCUGUGAGGUCUGGACCUUUUGGUCAGGUCUUCAGACCAGACAACUUUGUUUUUGGUCAGAGCGGUGCUGGCAACAAUUGGGCCAAGGGUCACUACACAGAGGGUGCAGAGCUGGUGGACUCUGUCCUGGAUGUGGUGAGGAAGGAGGCAGAGAGCUGUGACUGUCUUCAGGGCUUCCAGCUCACACACUCCUUGGGUGGUGGUACAGGCUCUGGUAUGGGCACCCUACUCAUCAGCAAGAUCCGUGAAGAGUACCCCGACCGUAUCAUGAACACCUUCAGUGUGGUGCCUUCCCCAAAAGUAUCAGACACAGUUGUUGAGCCCUACAACGCCACCCUAUCGGUCCACCAGCUUGUAGAAAACACCGACGAGACCUACUGCAUUGAUAAUGAGGCCCUUUAUGACAUCUGUUUCCGUACCCUCAAACUGACAACCCCAUCUUAUGGAGACCUCAACCACCUGGUCUCUGCCACCAUGAGCGGUGUCACCACCUGCCUCCGGUUCCCUGGACAGCUCAACGCUGACUUGCGAAAGCUUGCUGUUAACAUGGUGCCGUUCCCCCGCCUGCACUUCUUCAUGCCAGGCUUUGCUCCCCUCACAAGCCGAGGAAGCCAGCAGUACAGAUCUCUCACUGUGCCAGAGCUCACCCAGCAGAUGUUCGACGCCAAGAACAUGAUGGCUGCCUGCGACCCACGUCACGGUCGCUACCUCACAGUGGCCGCCAUCUUCCGUGGCCGCAUGUCCAUGAAGGAGGUUGAUGAGCAGAUGCUGAAUGUGCAGAACAAGAACAGCAGCUACUUUGUUGAAUGGAUCCCCAACAACGUCAAGACCGCAGUCUGCGACAUUCCGCCUCGUGGGCUCAAGAUGGCCGCCACUUUCAUCGGCAACAGCACUGCCAUCCAGGAGCUGUUCAAGCGCAUCUCCGAGCAGUUCACCGCCAUGUUCAGGCGCAAAGCUUUCCUCCACUGGUACACCGGUGAGGGCAUGGAUGAGAUGGAGUUCACCGAAGCAGAGAGCAACAUGAACGACCUGGUGUCAGAGUAUCAACAGUACCAGGAUGCCACUGCUGAGGAGGAAGGGGAGUUUGAUGAAGAGGGUGAGGAGGAGCUGGCCUAAAUCUCUCUUCCAAAGUUGUACUGUCUGUCAUGGCAGCGUAAUGUUCAAAGUUCUUUCCAGUUUUCACAAUACUGUCUGCAUUCAAAGUUCUGUCAGUUUGUUGCAGUGAUUUGUAAUGUUCAAAGUUCUUUUCAGUGUUCUGUCUGCUUUCAAUGUUAAUAAAAAUUCUUCUGCAUAUUAA